UCAUCCCGGCAAAAUUCCCGCACAAAACCUGCAGCUUAUGCCAGCAGCGGCUGAAAUAUUGUGAAUUAUGUAGCGAUGACUUUCGUUUGACUUUCUGUCGAGCUUUUUUGAUGACCUCCUAGGUGCGACUGGUUGAACGUAGGCUAAUAUGAAAUGAAACGCUCAUUUAUCCUCUUGAAAUGGCUCAAAUUACUGAAAACUUCUGUACGGCUUAUAGCGCCUCCUCCAUAAACGUCGUUUGAAGCAUUUAAAGCACAAUCAAAAUCUCACGAUUCACUGUCAGCCACGAAUAGACGUCACAGUUUCGCAACAGUGGCACACCAGAUGGUGGAAAAACUGUCCCCAUAAGCGCGUAAGACAUUAACGGUCACAUUGGCUCGGCUACUCUCAAUUAACUGAAGCACACCUAGCGGGAGAGCACAGCAAUACAAUUACAAAGAACUUCAUGAAGGCAGGUCAUUCUUUUUUUCUCUUUUUUUUUGUGAGGGGACAUGGAGGGGGGAGGCGGAGAUCUCCCCUCGUAUAUUGAGCUUACUACUCUGAAUGGCGACGUGUGCCAAGGGAAAUCUUUAAUAGAGCAAUUCUUUUUGAGUACGAACGUUCGCACCGAAGAAUUGUCUCUUUCAUAUUAUUCAGUUAGCAAAGUGCGCGGGGCGUGCCAAAUGUUGCUUCCACUUUAUUGUUACGACGCUUGAACAAUGUUGGAGUGAAAUGCCCCGUUCGCAACUUUGAGCGCGACUGGACGAAAUUCGUACAAGGCGAUGACGUUGGCCUGAUCCGCAGGUGAAGGGCACUCCCUACGAUGCUGUUCGGCUGGAAGUGGUCACCCUGUUGCACGACGCGGGCCUCAUGCAGCACCGUUCAAAACUGGCCACCAACCUUUCCCUGGGCCAGCAGCGACGCCUGUGCACUUCCUUGGCCAUAGUGUCCAAGCCAAAGGUGAUCAUCCUAGACGAACCCACGGUCAAUAUGGAUCCGGAAGGCCGCCGCGAGAUGUGGGAGCUGCUGCUCAAGGUCCGUCGCAGCUGCUCGGUCUUCCUCACGACGCAGCACAUGGACGAGGCGGACGUGUUGGCUGACCACGUGGUCAUUAUGGCAAACGCUCGGAUUCGGACUUGGAGCAGCGCAGCGCCGACCUCGGCAUCGACUCGCUCGGCGUGACGGUGACCUCGCUCGAAGACGUGCUCGUCCGCGUUGGCGAAGAGCAGCACGCACAUCAGCAGCGCGCGGCAGCGACAAGGAAGGACGAGAAUUCCGUGAUCGAAGUCCAGGGUGAGUCGUGCUGUGCCCCGAUCCUUGGUUCGCGCAAGCCCAUGGUGUCACGCGCGCUUGCUUCGUGAGACUCCUUUGUAAUGCGACAAUCAAAGGUUUUAUUACAUAGCGUACGCAAAA